AUGUCAGACUUCGCCAUCCUGGGAGGCGUAGUUCACGGAAUCGUCAACGAGACCGAAGAUCCGUGUGUACGCCAGUUUCUGGGUAUCCCUUUUGCUCAACCCCCUGUAGGAGACCUUCGCUUUGCCCCGCCACAGCCUGCUGAGCCGUUUGGUGAACUCGAUGCCAAGAAGCUUCCCCCAAGCUGCAUCCAAUACCUUUCCACAAGCCCGCCCUCCAUCUAUACUCAGUACCUGAACGAAUUCAACGUCCAGGGUCUCAAUACCACCAGCCCUGAUAUCAGCGAGGACUGCUUAACACUCAGCAUCUGGGCCUCACCAACUACCACCGACGACAGUCUCCCCGUCAUCGUCUUCGUCUACGGCGGCGCCUUUAGCACAGGAGGUCAAGACGUCCCCGUCCAGAUCCCCACGGACUGGGUACAGCGCACCAAAAGCCACAUCGUCGUCACCUUCAACUAUCGCCUCAACAUCUUUGGCUUCCCCAAUGCCCUGGGCAUUCCCCUGGACGAGCAAAAUGUCGGCCUCCUCGACCAAAGACUCGCCGUGGAAUGGGUCCAAGACAACAUCGAGGCCUUUGGCGGUGACCCGACACGCAUCACCCUUUGGGGCCAAAGUGCCGGUGCCGUGUCCGCGGGUUACUUCCAAUACGCCUACCCUACGGACCCAAUCGUGAACGCGGUCAUCAUGGACUCCGGCAGCGAGCUGACACCGGUGGCUCAAAACCUCGACUUUGCCCAUUUUGGUUUCACUCGUAUCGCUGGCCAGUUGGGUUGCGGCAACCUCACGGCGGCAGAGGAGCUGGCGUGUAUGCGCUCUGACAGUGUCACGGCAGAAGCCAUCAACAAGGCUGUGCAGACUACCAAUGAGGCGGCGGGGACGGACAUCACCAAGUACGUCUUUUUUACGCCGGUGGUGAAUAAUAGAACGGUAUUCCCGGAUUAUACGGCCAAGUCGUUGGCAGGGGAGGUUGCCAAUGUUCCUACAAUACUCGGCAGUAACGCCCAGGACGGCCUCGCCUUCGUCAUCCUCAGCACUGCCGUCAACCAAACCGAAGUUUUCGAAGCGACAUUAGAUCUCUUCUUUUGCCCAGCCUUCAAAGCGGCCACUAACCGCCUCCUAGCCUCCGUCCCCGUCUUCCGCUACGAAUACUUUGGCAACUUCACCGACGUUUCGCCCCUCCCCUUCCUAGGUGCCUACCACGGCGCCGAACUCCCCCUUAUCUUCGGCACCUACGAUAUCUUUCCCGAAACUUCGAGCCAGUCGCCGCCGCCGGACAAAAAACUGGAAGUUGCCACGAGCCGUACGAUUCAGAAUGAUUGGGUGGCUAUUGCAGCUAACGGGGCUGACGGGCUAGAGGCGAGAGGAUGGCCUCUAUAUUCGAGUGUAGAGGAGGGGUUAAUUAGGACCUAUGGGGUCGCUGCGUCGGUUGAGUCGACGGGGGAUGAAUGGGGUUCAGGGGGCGCAGGGAGUAUAGGGGGUGUACCGGCUGGGGUGGCGGAUGCGAGGAGGAUUGAGGCGUUGUGUCCUGCGAUUUGGCAGCCGGCGGAGGUGUCGGAGUGA